AUGCCAGGACCCAGGCCUGUCGUUCUGAGCGGCCCAUCCGGAGCAGGGAAAAGCACUCUGCUCAAGAGGCUGAUGCAGGAAUAUGAUGGAGUGUUCGGAUUCAGUGUCUCCCAUACAACCAGGAAUCCGCGUCCUGGAGAAGAAAACGGAAAAGAUUACCACUUCAUCACCCGGGAGAAGAUGCAGGAGAGCAUCGAUAACGGCGAGUUUAUAGAGAACACAGUGUUUUCUGGGAACAUGUAUGGCACUAGUAAGUCAGCCGUAGAGGACGUUCAGGCCCAGAACCUGAUCUGCAUUCUGGAUGUCGACCUUCAAGGGGUGAGAAACAUCAAACAGACGGACUUGAACCCCAUCUAUAUCUCCAUCCAGCCUCCUUCCAUGGAGAUCCUGGAGAAGCGUCUUAGAGACAGACAGACAGAGACAGAGGAAAGUCUACAGAAACGUCUGGAAGCGGCCCGUAUCGACAUGGAGCUCAGUAAGGAACCAGGCAUCUUCGACAUUGUCAUCGUUAACGAUGAUCUGGAAAACGCCUACGAGAAGCUUAAAAGUGCUCUUAUCGAGGAAAUUCAGAAGGUUCAGGACACUAAAAAGUAAGAUAACGAAAACCAUCUUGUCUUCUUGGGAAAUGGACAUGGAGCCUUUCAUUCCAGUCUUCGAGCAACACAAAUCUAUUCCCGAUCCAUUUCUGAGAAAAAUGAAUCAACGUGGCACUGACACGAUAAGGAUAAGUCAUACUACAACCAUGCUAACCCCGCUGCUGAAAAACUUCAGUGUGAUUUUUUAAUAAUUAAAGUGAAACCACAGUCUUAUGCGUAUGACUGUAUACAGUAAUCAUGGGUGGAGGUUCAUUACAUCAGCAUUUUAUUCUUGUUUGCGUAAUUUAUACAGACUACAAAGAAAAUGGCUGUGUUAUGGUAGUGAAGAUGUGCUAGAAUUCUGGAGAAGU